AUGGAAAAUAUACAAGAACUAAUACAUUCUGAUGAAAAUAAAACUAAUAUUGCAGUAUUAAACUUAGGAACAAAUGAUAGAAAAAACUCCGUGUUGAUUCUAGAAACUGCUCUGCACCUUAUUGAAAAAUAUUUAGGAAAAAUUAUUAAUACGUCCUACUUGUAUGAAACCGUUCCAGAAUACGUUGUGUUAGAUAAAAAGGAAAGUUGUGAAAAAAUAAACAAGGACUGUCAUAUAUAUGAUGUUAAUUAUAUAAACGAAUUGAUAGAAAAUUUGGAAGAAUCUAAAUAUGAAGAGAAUAAAGAACUAAUUGAUAAAUGUAUGGAAUAUGAAACAUUUUUGAAAAAUGGAAAAGUUCAUAAUAGUAUUCUAAAGGAAGUAAAUGUAGAAAAUUAUUUAUUAGAAUGUAAUAAUAUGAUAGUAAAAAAUGAUGAAAUAAUGAAAAAUAAUUUAAACCAAUAUAAAGAUAAAUAUUAUACUAGCUAUUUUUAUAAUUUAACAGUUGUAGUUAAAAGUUUUGUAAAUGAUCCUCUUAGUAUGUUGGUAAUUAUAAAAUAUAUUGAAGAAUUAAUGAAAAGAGAAAAUGUAAAAGAAAAAGAAAAAUUUGAAAAUCGUAUAAUAGAUAUAGAUAUUCUAUUUUUUAAUGAUUUUACAAUAUUUAUGAAAAACUUAAAAUUAGAAAAAAAUAUGAUUUAUAAAAUACUUUCGAAAUAUAUACAUUUAGAAAGACAUAUAAAAAAUGAAAAUGAUAAUAUGUCUAAGGUAAAUAUGGAUGAAGAUAUAAAUUCUAAUACUAACAAUAAUGAAGAUAAUAAUAAUAAUAAUUAUGUUGACCAGAUGAACAAUAAUUAUGUAAAUAAUAAAAAUCAUAUAAAUUCUUUUAGAGAUCCACUAGAAAUAAUAAACAAUAUGGUAGAUAAGAUUGAAUUUUUAUCCAUUCCUCAUAUGUAUACAACACACAGAUAUAGCAUACUUUUAUGCUUAAACGAUAUGAUACCAGAAUUUAAGCAUAAUGUUUUAAAUGAUACGAUCAGAUGUUUAUAUAACAACUAUGUGGAUAAGAUGAAAGAAGAAUAUAAUAUAAAUAUUAAAGAAAAUAAUAAAAGAAUAUAUGUAUUAAAAGAUAGAAUAUCUUAUUUAAAAGAAAAAACUCAUAUUGUUGGAAUAUUAAAUGUUAAUUAUGAUUCUUUUUCAGAUGGAGGAAUAUUUGUUGAACCUAAACGUGCUGUUCAAAGAAUGUUUGAAAUGAUAAAUGAAGGUGCUAGUGUUAUUGAUAUAGGGGGAGAAUCAUCUGCUCCUUUUGUUGUACCUAAUCCUAAAAUUAGUGAAAGAGAUUUAGUAAUACCUGUAUUACAAUUAUUUCAAAAAGAAUGGAACAAUAUAGAAGAUAAUAUUGAUAAAUGUGAUGCGAAACCAAUUAUAAGUAUUGAUACAAUUAACUAUAAUAUAUUUAAAGAAUGUGUUGAUAAUAAUUUAGUUGAUAUAUUAAAUGAUAUUAGUGCUUGUACUAAUAAUCCAGAAAUUAUAAAAUUAUUAAAAAAAAAAAACAAAUUCUAUAGUGUAGUUCUAAUGCAUAAAAGAGGAAAUCCACAUACAAUGGAUAAAUUAACAGAUUAUGAUAAUCUAGUUUAUGAUAUAAAAAAUUACUUAGAACAAAGAUUAAAUUUCCUUGUAUUGAAUGGAAUACCUCGUUAUAGGAUACUUUUUGAUAUUGGUUUAGGAUUUGCGAAGAAACAUGAACAAUCUAUUAAACUCUUACAAGAUAUACAUGUAUAUGAUGAUUAUCCACUUUUUAUUGGAUAUUCAAGAAAAAGAUUUAUUGCUCAUUGCAUGAGUGAUCAAAAUGCUUUAAUAAAUACACAACAAAAAUCAAAUGAUGAACAAAAUGGAAAUAAAAAUAUUCUGGACAAAUCAAAUAAUUGGAUGUUUAAGAUGAAUUACAUGAGGAAAGACAAGGAUCAACUUUUAUAUCAAAAAAAUAUAUGUGGUGGAUUAGCAAUUGCUUCCUACAGCUAUUAUAAAAAGGUAGAUCUAAUAAGAGUUCAUGAUGUUUUAGAAACAAAAUCGGUUUUAGAUGUUUUAACAAAAAUACACCAAGUUUAA